AUGGAUCCUAAUGCUUGUAAAAAUUUUCCAGUUUUUUAUAUUAAAAAUAAAGAAUCUGUAAAUAUAGAUAAUGAUAAUUUAUCAUUGAGCAUAAAAAGAUUUGAAGAAUACAUUAAUUCAUGCUUCAGUUGUUUGCCAUAUAACGAAUUAAAAGCAGAUAAUGAUAAAAAAUUUUUAAUUGAAAAUUUUUGUGAUUUUUUUGUUUUUUAUAACUGUGAUACAAUAAUAUGCUCAAUAAUUGAAAAAAAUUGUAUGAUUAAAACAGUUGAUUUUUUUAAAAAACUAGAAAUUAAAAUAAAUAACAAUGAAUUUAAAAAUGGAGAAGAUUUUUUAAAUUUCUUUACCUAUAUAUGGGAUAACUUUACUUCAGUUAUAAUUCAUAUAGCAGAUGUAUUAAAAUCGUUUAGUUCUUAUAAUAAAAUUACAUGUUCAAAUUUUUAUUCUCCUUCCUAUAUAUUUAAUGAAUUAUGGAGAAAGUAUACUAAUGAAUUUGUUAAUAUAAAAAAUUAUAUUAUUUCUAGUGUAUGUGAAUAUUUAAAAUGGGAUAAAACAUAUUGCGAACAAAACUUUUAUAAGUACUUAUGCAUGAAUAUAUAUAGCAAUUCUUCAAAUAAUAAUGAAAAUGUUUACAAUAUUAUUAAUAAUAGUCACGUAAAUAAUAGACAAAAUUACGAUAAUUUACUUAAAAAUGAGGAAGAUAAAAUGAGAACAAAUGAUAGUAAUUAUAUAGAACAAAAAGAAGAAGAUGAACUAAGUAAUAAUGAUAAUUUUUAUUCGAACCAUAUUAAAAAAGAAAAUAACACAUCUAAUACAAUUAACAGUAAAAAUAAUGAUGAAAUGUAUAAUGUAAAAAAUGAAAAGGUUUUAAAAAUUAAUGAUAAACUGUUAUCUGUAAGUUUAAAAAUUAUUGAUAUUUUAGGAUUUUAUGAAGAAUUUGAAAAAGUAUACACAAAUGAAACAUAUAUAUACUAUAAAGAAAAAAUGAAUUAUAAUUGUGAGCAUAAAUUAAAAACUGUAGAUGGUAAAGAUGAUGACAAUUAUGGUUUGCCAAUUGAAAUUGAAAAUUACUUAUGUCAUGAACAAAUGAGAAGUCGUAAAUUUCUAAAAGAGGAAACUGAAAUUUCCAUUUUAAAAAUGUUAAAAAAUCUCCUAAUAGUAGAGCAUAAAGAUAUUUUAUAUAGAGAAUCUUAUAUAAAAUAUUGUAUUAUUUAUGAAAAAUAUGAUCCGUUAAGAAUAUUAUAUUUAUUUUCUAUAAAUUUAAAUACGACUGAUGAAUUUUGUAAUUUAUUUUUUAAUUCAGUAGAAACGUUAGGCACAGAACUCAUUAACAAUUUAAUUAAUAGAAGAAAUAAUAUAAAUUUAUUAAAUGAAUCAAUUAUUGAAUUGAUAAAUUUUAAAUUAAAUGUUGAUAGAAUUAUUAUCAUGUCAUUUAGAUAUUCUACAGUUUUCAUGAAGAAAUGGAAGGAAGUGUUUGAACAUUUUUUAAAUAAAGGAAUGUAUGCUGAAAAUUAUAUUCCAAUUAUACUUAGCAUAUAUUUAAAUAAUUUACUAAUGAUGUAUAACGCAUGCUUAAAAAAGCUUCGAAAGUAUUAUUUGUUAAACAAAAAACUAAAAAAUGAAAAAAAUAUUAAAGAUGAUAUAAUUUUUGAAAAGCAAUGGAACAGUUACUGCAAUGACGAAGUAACUGAUAAUGGCGAUCAUUACACAGUUACUACUGAUAGUGAUAACUUAUUUAUAAUAAAAAAAUAUUUAAAAAAAAGAAAAAAGAAAAGAAAUACUUUUGAUUUAAAUAUUAAUAAUAAUAAUAAUCCUGAUGAAGUCGAUCAGUAUUUAUUCAAAAUAGAAAAAUUAUUUAAAAAAUAUCAUGAAAUUGGGAAAAACAUUAUGAACAUAAUAACAAUUAUUCUCAGUCUUUUUAGAUAUAUAAGUGAUAAAGAAAAAUUUGAAAAAUAUUAUAGAAUUUUUAUGUGUAAGAGACUAAUAAAUGAUUCAAAUUUUAAUAUUAUUUUAGAUAUUAAAGUUUUUAAAACAUUAAAAAAAGAAUGUGGUGCUCAAUUUACUAAAAAAAUAGAAAUAAUUUUAAAAGAUAUGAAAUUUACAUCAAAAGCUAUGCUUAAGUUUUAUCAGGAAUUACCUGACAACGCAAUACAAUUAUUAAAAAAAAAAAAAUAUUCAGUCAAUAUUAUUUUUAAUGAAUCUUGGGAAUAUGAUAAUGUGGAAAAUAAUGUUAUUUAUCCGCAUAUGAUAAAAUUAUGUAAUGAUUUUUUUUUUGAAUUUUACAGAAAAUGCAACAAAGCAAAAAACAUUCAAUUUUUACCUUCAUUGGGUUUAUGCACUUUAAAAGUAAACUUUGGAAAAAUAAAAAAAAAAUACAUGAAUAUGCAAGAUGAAAAUAUAAACGAUUUUGAUAAAAAUGAUUCUCUUUAUGAUAAGAAUUUUGUCGAAAGUAAUUUAAAAUAUAAUAAUACGACAAAUUACAAGAAGAAAAAAAAGUUUCAAUUUACAGUCACUGUAUUGCAAGCUAUAAUUUUAUUAUUAUUCAAUGAAAAAUAUGAAUAUAAUAUAAAUGAAAUAAAAAACUUAACUGGGAUUUCAAUCGAAAAUAUAAUUCGUUACUUAAAACCACUUUAUAUUAUGGAAGAAACAAACAUAUUAAUAUAUGAUGAUAUAACUCAAACUUUUAAAAUAAAUUUUUCUUUUCGAUCAAACAAAAGAUAUUUAAUAGUGAAUUACUCAGAUAUAAUUUACAAAGAUCAUUCAGUUAUUCCUGCUUUAACACAAGAGGAUAGUGAAUUAGAAGACAAAAGUUUACAUAUUGAUGCAGCUAUUGUUAAGUUUUUGAAGACUAAUGGAAAAUCAUCAGAAAGAAAAAUAUGUGCUUUCGUUAAAGAGAAAAUGAAUAUAAGUUCAAAUGAACAAAUUAAAAAUAGAAUUACAUCUUUAUUAAAUAGAGAAUUUAUAUUUUUCAAAAAUAAUGCAUAUCAUUAUGAAAUAUAA